AUGCUCAUUGUUCGUUUUUCUCUCCCACUCUCUCAAAUUCUUAGGCCCGCUUUUGCAAUUAUGAGAAUUCGGGCUAGCACCAACAGUGGCUGGAGUUCAUUUUCCGGGUAUGAAAAAGUAAAGACGAAAGAAGGUCCUCCUUCAGCCCCUAGACAAAUCAGAUGGAUUCACAGAAACAUGACAUGUCUUACAUUGGCCUGGUCACCACCAGACAACAUCAACGGCAUCCUCAAAAAUUAUGAAGUCAGUCGAACGGAAAUUUUCUCCUACACGAAAAGCACACAAGAUUCCAAUGUAGUAAAGAUAAAACUAAACAACCGACCUACGUACCAAAUGUGCAACCUUCUUCCUGCAACUCACUACGAAUUCACUAUCAGAGCGGCCACUGUCGGUGGACAAGGGUACAGCAGCAAACCGGCUAUUUUCUGGACGGAGAUUAUGUCACCAGCUUCUCCCCCACGCCCCACAAUUGGUAAAAUAUCUUACACUAGUGCCGACAUUACGCUUCAGUCGGUCGUAACUUACACGGGACCGGUAAGUUGGUAUGAAGUUAGGCUGCAAGAGGUGGCUACGGAUAAUGGAGAGAGUUUUAAGGAAAGGAAAAAGAGAGAUACUCAGAAGACAUCGUUUGAACUUCAAGCAACUGACUUAACUGCUGUACUCACUCCACAACUUGUAGGUCAUUCUAUUGUCUUUACUGUUGGCGAUAACAAAACCUAUGGAAACGUUCGUAAUAAGCCGUUGUCAAACCGAAAAAGUUAUCGCAUUUAUUUCGUGGUUUAUAGCAGUCUUAACAAUGUUUUAAAAUGGAACGCUUCCAGUACGGAGUUUCCUUUACAUCUUCUUUCAGAAGAUGUGAAACAAAAAAACAUUUCAGUUGUGGUGUUGGUAGUAAUUAUUCUGGCAAUUGCGUUGCUUUUAGUUCUUCUGUUACUCGUUUUCUGUUACAGAUGCCGUAGGAAUCGUAAGAAUACUUAUAUUGACCACGUGAACAAAACCCAAGAACAGAAAGAUGACGAGCCACUUGAAAAAUAUUGGAAUACAACUUAUUCAACUGAUGAAAGUCGUUUUAUUGUUGUAAACAUAGAUUUCCUGCCAGUGAAACCAUCAGCACCGCAUUCAGCCGUUCCGGAUAAACCUUCCAUUUCGUCCAUAAAUAAACAGUUGCCAUCAAAUCAGGAGACCAACUCGGUUUCAAAUCCAGAAAGAAAUAACAAAACCUGCCCAGUCACUUUCAGGGAGGAAUUUGAAAUUCUUAACAAACUGCCAAGACCGAAAUAUUCGUCUAACGAAGCACAGAAAGUAGAAAACGCCAAAUUAAACAGAUUCACACGCUUGCUUCCAUAUGAUCACAGCCGGGUGCAGUUAAAACCAGACUCAUCUUCGUCUAACACGUAUAUCAACGCCAGCCAAAUAACAAUACCUGGUUACAAUACUACGAAAACAACGAGUCGCUUUACGCGUACUUAUAUCGCAGCGCAGAGUCCUUUUAAUUCAGAAACAAUGCGAGACUUCUGGCGAAUGAUAUACCAACAAGAAGUCCGAGUUGUGGUUAUGCUAACAAAACAUGUCGAAGAUAAAAUCAUUAAGUGUUCGGAAUACUUUCCGAAGGUUGUUGACCAAUCGUUCACAUUCGAUAAGCUGUUCAAAUGGCCCGAGAAACGAGCUGCCUAUUCUACAGCUUUGAUCGAUAUGCGAAGAAAGGUUCGCCAGUUUUCGGAUAAUUUUCCACACAACCCUAUACUAGUUCAUUGUGGGACUGGAAACGGCCGUACUGGGACAUUCAUUGCUAUUGAUAUCCUUUUGAACGAAUAUAACCAACACGGAAGCGUCAAUGUGUUUAACAUCGUAAAGCGCAUGCGCGAAUGCAGACCGUAUAUGGUACGGACAUUCGCACAAUAUCUUCUCAUCUACGACGCCAUUUUUGAAGCGUGUCAAGCCGGUGAUCUUUCCUUUCUUAGUCUAUCGGACCUCGAUGCCAAAUGUAAACAACUCAAUACGACCAACUGGAAGACAUCCAGAACUUACCUUGAAGAUCAGUUCACCCUUUUAUGCUUCUUGACUCCCAGACCAAACAUAGAUCAAAUACGAACAGGUCUGUUACCACAGAACAGUGACAAACACAGAUACCCUGACAUUAUCCCACCAGAUGAAUUUCGUCCUCAACUGACAAGUUGCUUAAAUGAAAAUCCAGUUGAAACUGAUUACGCUAUGUAUAUAAAUGCCGUGUUUAUAGAUGGAUAUAAAAAGAAAGGUGCUUACAUUGUCACUCAGACACCUUUGUCGAGCUCUUUAGUAGAGUUCUGGUGUCUCAUUUACGAAUAUGACGUCAGAACAAUUGUUAUGAUGGAUUCAAACACGAAAGGUGACACUUGCAUCUCGUAUUGGAAACAUCCAACAUCUUUCAAAUAUUUUACUGUAACACCAGAAGGAAAAACUGUGAAUGGUCGCAGUACAGUGCAUCGUCUCGUUCUGAGAAGAAAAGAUGUCAAUGAAGGGGCAGCGAGAGUAGUUCACCUCUUCCGAUUCAAAGGUCGUCAGAGUUCCAAUUUAGUUCCAGUAGGCAGAGAUCAUAUGCUAGAUUUGAUCGUUGAUGUGAACAAGUGGCAGGAGAACAAACAGCGUAGGCCAAUUGUGGUACAUUGUAAGGACGGGGCUACCAAUGCUGGACUAUUUUGUACCAGUGACCUUCUCAUACAAGAAAUGAUCAAUGAAAAUUGCGCUGAUGUCUAUCAUACUGUAAAGAAGAUGAAAAUUCGAAGACCAGAAAUGAUUCCAAAUCUGGAACAAUACAAGUUUUGCCACAGUCUCUCACCUCACUCUCUAAAAUCUCUCUGCCACGUCUCUUUCUUUUACUUUUUCAUUUAUCUCUCUUUUAUCGCCCUAUUAAAAAGACUUAUUUGGAUUAUCCCUACCACUUACGGUUUUGAUAUUAUCUAUCUAUCUAUCUAUCUAUCUAUCUAUCUAUCUAUCUAUCUAUCUAUCUAUCUAGCUAGCUAG